UGGAGGCUCCUGCCCGCCGGGACGCCCGCCCCAGCCUGGAAUGUCCUGGCGAGCCGCCGCCGCCGGCGAGCGGGACCGGCACCGGCAGGACCGGGACCAGGGAGGGGGCGCGGCGCAGAGCUGUUUCCGUGCCUCGUCUUAGUCUGGAGCCUUGGGCUUUCAACUGGGAUAAUCUGGCGCUAUGCAUCCAGCCCCCGGGCGCUUCCAGGCACUGCUCCUCAUCGCCGGCCUCGUCGCUGCCACCAGCCCAGAUUUAACUCCAAGUUUUAUUUCUGAGCCCUCUUCUACCAUCCAGAAGUCUGGUGAGCCCGUCCAGCUCCACUGCUCUGCCGAGCCCUCCACAGCUCGCCUUUCUUGGCUGUUUAAUGGGGAGCCUCUGGACAGCAGGGCGGGAGAAGUGGAAGUCCAGCCAGGAUCUUUGACAAUCGUCUCCCUCAGCCCCGCGACGUGUGGGCGCUACCAGUGCGUGGCCAGCAGCAGCGUGGGCGCCGUGCUGAGCCGGCCUGCCACCGUGUCCAUGGGCAGUCUGGCUGACUUUGAUGCCUCGCUGACAGCUGCUGUUGCAGCGGAGGAAGGAGGCUCAGCUCUCAUCGGGUGCAAGGUGCCAGAAAGUCACCCCAACGCACAGGUUCGCUUCCAAGUGCGGGGGAAAUGGCUGGAACAAUCAGUAGAAAACUACCUAAUUCUUCCAUCUGGAAACCUGCAGAUUUUGAAUGUAUCUUUAGAAGACAAAGGAUCCUACAAAUGUGCAGCAUACAACCCAGUCACUCAUGAUCUCAGAGUAGAACCCACUGGACGUAAGCUCACAGUCACACGCCCUUCCUCAGGUGGCUCCCACAUCCUUCACCCCCUGGCCCCCCAGAGCCUGGCAGUGCCCCUGCACAGUGCCCUGACACUGGAGUGUGUGGUCAGCGGGGCGGCUCCCUCGGUGCGCUGGGCCAAGGACGGCCGGGAUGUGCUGGGGCGAGGCCGGUGGAAACUGCUGCACUCCCACCUGGUGACAGACCGGCUGGAGGCAUCAGAUGCUGGAAACUACUCCUGCCUGGUGGGAGGUGACUCUGGAGCAGUGAAAUACGUUAACUAUUCACUUACUGUACUUGAACCUGCCUCACUCUCCAAGGGGCUGCAGGAGGAAACCGUGGCCACCGGGGCGACGGUGCAUUUCUGGUGUGAUGUCCGGGGCAGCCCUGCUCCAGCCCUCUCCUGGCUCCACAACGCAGCUCCCCUGCGCCCCUCCCCACGGCACUUCCCAACGGGAAACCACCUGCGGAUCUGCGGGGUCACCCUGGCGGACUCUGGCUUGUACCAGUGCGUGGCAAACAAUGGGAUUGGGUUUGUGCAGUCCACGGGGAGACUCCGUGUCCGGCCAGGCACAGGCUCUGUCCCCGUCAUAGUCUCUUCCCCCGGGAGUGUCACCGUGGUGGCCGGUGGGGACGUGACGCUGUCCUGCAAUGCCACCGGGCUGCCCGCGCCCGCCAUCCGCUGGUACGACAGCAGGGGCCUGCUGACCAGCCACCCUGCCCAGGAGCUGCAUCCCAACGUGCAGAGGCCUCCCCUGGCAGGGCUGGAGCACUCCUGCCUCUCCGUGUCCCAGGCAGGCUGGAGCUCCUUGUCCCUGCGGAACGUGACUCCGGAGCGUGCCGGGGAGUUCAGCUGCGAAGCCAUCAACGAGCACGGCUCUGCCGUGUCCAAAACCUUCCUCACAGUUGUUCCUCCAGCAACUGGCACGAGAGCAGGAGAAACAGCUCCUCUGGAGCUUGCCCAGAGCGAUGAGAGCGGGGCUGAUUCCGGAGCAGAAGCGGCGUUUUCAAGCUCCCCUCCGACCAAAGCGCCUCCGGACGCGGCUGCGAUGGAGAAAGCGCCGAGUGUGGCCGCCCCGCCCGAGGCCCCCAUCAUCCUGAGCCCCCCCCAGACACCAAAACCCGACACCUACAGCCUGGUGUGGCGGCCAGGCCGGGCUGGGGGGCUGCCCAUCAAUGCCUACUUCGUCAAAUACCGCAAGCUGGAGGACAGCGUGAGUGCAGCGGGCAGCUGGCACACCGUGCGUGUCCCCGGCAGCGAGAACGAGCUGCGGCUGACGGAGCUGGAGCCCUCCAGCCUCUACGAGGUGCUGAUGGUGGCCCGGAGCGCCGCCGGCGAGGGCCAGCCCGCCAUGCUGACCUUCCGCACCAGCAAGGAAAGAACAUCAUCCUUGAAAAACACUCAGGCUCCAUCUCCACCCAUGGGCAUCCCUAAACAACCCGUUGUUCAUGAAGGCACAAAUAAUUUCGGUGUUGUCCUUCCAGACCUGUCUCGCCACAGUGGAGUUCCAGAAGCUCCAGACCGACCCACCAUCUCCACAGCAUCGGAAUCGUCCGUCUACGUCACGUGGAUCCCCCGGGCCAACGGGGGCUCCCCCAUCACAGCCUUCAAAGUGGAGUACAAACGCCUGGGUCGCAACAGCGACUGGCUCGUCGCAGCUGACAACAUCUCCCCCUCCAAGCUGUCCGUGGAAGUUCGGAACCUGGAGCCAGGAGAAAUGUACAGGUUCCGUGUGAUCGCGGUGAACAACUACGGGGAGAGCCCGCGCAGCGCCGCGUCCCGCCCGUACCAGGUCGCCGGCUUCACCAGCCGCUUCUCCAGCCGCCCCAUCGCCGGACCCCACAUCGCCUACACCGAAGCCGUCAGCGACACUCAGAUCAUGCUGAAAUGGACGUACAUUACAUCCAGCAACAACAACACGCCCAUCCAAGGGUUUUAUAUCUAUUACCGGCCCACGGACAGUGACAACGACAGUGACUACAAGCGGGACAUUGUGGAAGGUACGAAGCAGUGGCACCUGAUAAAUCACCUGCAGCCUGAAACUUCUUAUGACAUUAAGAUGCAGUGCUAUAACGAGGGCGGGGAGAGCGAGUACAGCAACGUGAUGAUCUGCGAGACCAAAGUGAAACGCACGCCGGGAGCGUCCGAGUACCCGGUGAAGGACCUGAGCACCCCGCCCAGCGCCCCGGAGCGGGCAGGGGGCAGCGGGGCCGGGCCCGCCAGCGGCCCCGUGCGCAGCAGUGACAUGCUCUACCUGAUCGUGGGCUGUGUCCUGGGCGUCAUGGUCCUCAUCCUCAUCGUCUUCAUUGCCAUGUGCCUCUGGAAGAACCGGCAGCAGAGCGCCAUGCAGAAGUACGACCCUCCUGGGUACCUCUACCAAGGGGCAGAUAUCACCGCGCAGAUGAUCGAGUACACGACCCUGCCCGGGACCAGCCGCGUCAACGGCGGCAUCCACGGGAGCUUCCUUGGCAACGGCCUCGGCAACGGCUGCCCCCACCUCCACCACAAAGUUGGCAAUGGAGUGAACGGGAUCAUGAAUGGAGGAGCAGGACUGUACCCAGGGCACACCAACUCCCUGUCCAGGACACACGUGGACUAUGAGCACCCCCACCACCUCGUGAACGGUUCCGGGAUGUACUCGGCAGUGCCGCAGGCUGACCCCUCGGAGUGCAUCAGCUGCCGGAAUUGCCGGAACAAUAACAGGUGUUUCACCAAAGCCAACGGCACUUUCGGCAGCGCCGCCCUGCCCGUGGUGCCCCUCGGAGCGCCCUUCCCGCAGGACGGUGUGGAGAUGAAGCCCCUGAGCCCCCACGUGAUGGUGGCCAUGUGCUUGGCCUCGGCCGGCCCCGAGUGCGGCGCCCGGCUGGAGGAGGACGGCGAGGAGAGCGCGGAGCCCCCCCGGCACCCCUGCUGCCAGCAGGGCGUGAGCAGGGACUGCACGGACGGCGACAGCUGCGUGCACUCAGAAACAUCGAACCACAUUUUGAGCUGGAGUCCCCUCAUUCUGCAGCCUGUUUCCAAGGACUGUAAGGAAAAACCAGGAUGGAGUUCAUCCAGAGUCACCUUAAACAGUUCUGGGGACCUUCGGCAGCUCCAGCUGCAGGAAACCUGAGGAAGUGACCGUUGUCCCCACUUAAAGCCAGGAACUGCCAGUGUCGCUGAGAGGGAGUGAUGGGGGGAUGUUAAUUAUAACAGAGAGAGUCACUAUUUAU